CUGGCUUGACAGCUGUCACCGUACACCGAGGUCAAGGGGAGAGGAGAAGCAUGGCUGCGUUAUUGUUUAGAGGGUCUCGACAUGUAUUACAAAGGUGGAACAAGCAUGUCGACUUUGCCUUUGUGCGGUCAAUGGCCUCAAAAACACCUGUUGGAUUUAUUGGUCUGGGAAACAUGGGCACUCCCAUGGCCAGAAACCUGCUAAAAAAUGGUUAUCCCGUUAUUGCCACUGAUGUCUUUCCUGAGUCCUGCAAGGAUCUGCAGGACAUUGGUGCCCAGGUAGUGGACUCCCCAGCUGAUGUGGCUGAAAAAGCAGAUCGCAUCAUCACAAUGCUGCCCUCCAGUCCCAAUGUCAUUGAGGUCUACACAGGCCCGAAUGGCAUCCUCAAGAAGGUGAAGAAGGGAACACUGUUGAUUGACUCCUCCACCAUCGACCCCGCUGUGUCAAAAGAGAUGGCGGUCGCUGCAGAGAAGAUGGGUGCUGUGUUCAUGGAUGCUCCAGUGUCAGGAGGUGUUGGCGCUGCCAGUCUGGCCAAAUUGACCUUCAUGGUAGGUGGAUUGGAGGAGGAAUACCAUGCUGCACAGGAGCUGCUCACCUGCAUGGGAGCCAAUGUUGUGUACUGUGGCCAGGUUGGCACUGGACAGGCUGCAAAGAUCUGCAACAACAUGCUGCUGGCCAUCGGGAUGAUUGGGACCGCAGAGACCAUGAACCUUGGCAUCAGACUUGGUUUGGACCCCAAACUCCUGGCUCAGAUCCUCAACAUGUCCUCAGGUCGCUGCUGGUCCAGUGAUUCGUACAAUCCAGUCCCUGGCGUCAUGGAGGGAGUCCCCUCUGCCAACAACUACCAGGGCGGCUUUGGAACCACAUUAAUGGCAAAGGAUCUUGGUUUGGCCCAAAACACUGCCACCAACACUAAGACACCCAUUCCUCUGGGUUCCCUUGCUCACCAGAUCUUCAGAGUCAUGUGUUCCCGCGGCUACGCUAACAAGGACUUCUCAUCCAUCUUCCAAUUCCUACGCGAGGAGGAAGGACAGUGAAUGGAGGGGGAGCACAGUUGACUAUGUUGUUACCAUACACACACACACACACACACACACACACACACACCACACCCACAACCACACACCCCAGUGCCCCUUAUCCCACUAUGCUCAGGAGAGACUAAGGCCUUGCCCUCAGGCACAGAUCUGUGGUCCAAUUAACAUACUGUAUGUUGACACAUGUCCCCUUCAUUGCAUUAGCUGAAUCAUAUUUUCAAUUCAUGGCUCUCCUUCUGCAUGGAGGAAAUGCUAAAACUGACCUUAGAUCAGUAUCUAGAGACAAAGCCCUUCCUCUUAAGCAACUCUCUUCUCUAUUUGACCUGAGAAGCCAGAGUAGGGAAAUCAGAGGUAGGCUGGGACCAGGCGUUGCUGGUUUACAUAUAACAAUGCAAAUAUGUGUUUUUUUUCAGGAUGAUUAAGAAGUAAUAAUUGCAUGGUUGUUAAAAAGGUUAAGUAUGUUUUUUGUUGGGUUAGUGCUGUUUGCCCAUAUGUAAUGAGGACAGUAAAAACCACACAAACUACAGUGAGAAUUUAGAUACUAAUGGAAAUGUCAUUGAAGAGACAGGAGAGUGCAAAGUUUGGGUUGUUCUUUUUCUAAUUUAAAAACACAACUCAUAUUCACAGCACUACAUGUAAAGACACACAACUGACCAAAAUGCUGGCUCAAAGUUUACUUGUUUGUUACAUUCAUCAGUUUUUGGUGGGAAGCUGGUGUCAUCCUCUCAUUUACUUGUCACCUGAGUCUUCCAGCCAUUUUACAUUUUUUCAUUUUUUUCAUUUCAAUGUUCAGUUUUUCAGUUUUUUUUAACUUGUGAAUACACUAGAAUUUGUUUCCUUUCUUUGGUACUACAUUUAAGUCACUACUCAUUUAAUGGACAAGUUAUGCUCUCUUAAAUACUGUGAUAUGUAUCUGGUUAUUUUUGCACAGUGUGCAUCGCAGUGCGAUGUGCUGGGCCAUUUUGAUACACAGUUACAGAAUCUAUUUGAACUUACCUCUCUGCUCUGCUGUCUGCAACUGCUUAUCGAGCCAUAGGAGUAUUAGAUUGUGUCCGACACUGUUUAAAUAUUAUACUGUUCACAACAAAAUGUUGUACUCCCUCUCUGGCACUUUCUGUUUAACUUUUAGGUCUUUCCUCACAUAUUUCUCCUCUCUCUCUCUGUCCGUCUCUCAGCUUGUACGACAUAUGUGUAAAGUGUCAGUGAGGAACAUUUCCUCCCUGCUCUGGGCAAAUGUACAUACUGUAUAUUUCAUAUUAUUGUCUAGUAUUGAAAAGGAAUCUAAAAGAAUUCUUUUUUCUUCUUUUUUUUUUUUUUUUUUUAGUAAAAGUCAUCAAUAGUGUCAACAGUUUGUCUUUGCUCUGUGAAACAGAUCUUCAGUCAUUCUGUGGCCCAAAAUAAAAGUUGUUCAGUGUA